GCUAAUUAUUCCACACGAGCGCGCCAGAACGUUUCGUAAUAUGGUAAUCCUUAAUCCCUGAUCAGGAUUCAAUGUGGCAGGAAACAAUCCAAGAUGGACGACAUUCCACUUCCGCCCGGGCUGCUGACGUCACGCGCUAAAAGGAUGGCCCAGAAUAUCUUCUCGCUGUGUGACGUAGACGACAAGGGUUUCAUUACUAUGAGAGACCUGGAGAUCGCUCUCUCAGAAUACAGCGAGCUGUGCCUCACUCCGGAGCAGGUCGAGUACGUCUUCAGCCUCCUGGACACCCAGCGGUCGGGCCGCCUGCACCGCGACCAGUUCGUGUCGGCGUUCGAGCGUUUUUUGAUGAUAGAUCACAGCCAGAUGAUGCUCGGCACCGGCAACAUGGAGGACGGGCUGGACGAGAUGUAUGAGUCCCAGACGCCGCCUGUGUCUCCCGAUAUACUCACGCUACAGGCCGAGUGGGACUCCUUCCUCAGAAGCGUUGGAGGGAACGUGUUACUAGAGGGUAACAAUGACCUGCAGGGCCUGUGGCAGCGGCUGCGGCAGGACGAGCCCGAGCUGCUGCGGCCGUUUGAAGUGUUCCUGCGGAACGCCAUCUGUGAGAUCUACGAGAUGCAGACCAAGUGUGACAGCGUCGUGCGAAGUAAGUCCAUGCUGCAUAGUCAGGAAGUGAAGAGAUUGUACGAGGAGAUGGAGGUCCAACUGUCGAAAGAAAGGGAGAAGAUCAGAGUGGAGGUGGAAGAAAGAAUGCGAGUGGAACUGGCGAGAAAACUUGAAGAAAAGGAUGACCAACUUCGAGAACUGAACCAAAGGCGAAAAGAGUUAGAACUGAUGCUGAAGGACCUCGACCACAGAGAAAAGGAAAAGGACAAAAGAUACCAAGAGCUGGAGGAGAUGAUAGCAGAGCUGACUGUUAAAGAAGCGCAGAUCAUGAAGGAGAACGAAGUGCUACAGAGGGAAAACUUGAAACUACAAGCCCAGUUGGACGAGUCCCUUCAUAGUCUGGAGGAAAGUCAGGAACUCUGUAUUCAGAUGCAGGAGAAGCUACAGAAGGAACGAGCGCUACUGUCCAGAGACUACGAGGACGCUGUUAUGGAAAACGAAAGGAAGGCGAAAGAAAGAGAUGACUUGGAAUUUCAGCUACAGAAACUGAAACAGAAGAUGUCAGAGGAGAGAGCUGAUGAGCUGUCCAAAAUCGCGCAUGAAGUGGAGUGUGACACAACGUCUCAGGCCGUACGAACACCUGACAGGUGCUUCAAGAUCAUCCUUGUGGGAGACUCAGGUGUGGGGAAGACCAGCUUCAUCCACAGGUUCUGUAAAAACACCUUCAGCCCCAAGAGACAAGUCACAGUAGGGAUAGGGUACUACAUGAAGACCAUGGUGACGGCAAACUCCAUCAUAUCUCUACAGAUCUGGGACACGGCAGGCCAAGAACGGUUCCGCAGCAUCCCGAACUCUUACUUCAGAAAGGUGGACGGGGUCAUGCUGCUGUACGACCUGACGUGCGAGGAAUCCUUCAAGAACGUCAAUAACUGGAUGCAGGACAUUCAGAGUGGGGUGGACGAAGGGAACGCCACGGCUGUGACAGUCCUGGUGGCGAACAAGCACGACUUGGCGGAGAAACACCGGAUCGUGAGCGAGGCUGCAGGCAGAAACCUGGCAAAGGAGUACGACGCGCUGUUCGUUGAGACGAGUGCCAAGCUGGGAACAAACGUCGCGCAGUCUUUUGAAAUCCUGACAAGAAAGCUACAGGAGAGAGAGGACGAACAGAUCAGAAGCCUCCCUAUCGACGACAGACAACAACAGGAGGCGGCCAAGAGAAAGAAGAAAUGCUGCUGAACGUUAACGGUGGUGUGACACCCCAACAACCAAACACAAACAAAAACACAUAUGUGAAUACGUCAUUCCCUUAUAUAACGGUCAUAAAGACUUAAAAGAGUGCCAGUUGAUUCUAUGAGUCCACACUGACUAGAGAGAGAGAAGCAACAAAAUUCACUCCGUCCGAUGAUAAUAUACGUAAUCCCACAGUAUACUAUAAUAGUGAGGUGGGUUUAUGUGAUUCUGUACGGAAAGCAUGUUCCUUUAUCGUGCCAUUAUCAUCUACAUGUAUAUCUGGAGACGUGGAAAGCUUGAUGUUUAAAACAGGCUACUCAA